GAUCUGAUCUGAGUAUAUCGUGUUUUCAACGUCUCUGUUAACACUGUAUUUGUGGCUGGAGUUGCAGGACAGCAGCGGAGGGGUCCGCAGAGGAAAUAAACGAGCGAGAGGCUUCGACACGCCGAGAGAGAGAAAAGGUUGUUGCUAAUGGCAACCUUUCUCUUCUCUUCCUUUGUUUCUCGUUCUCCGCUCCCCUUAUAUCGUCCCCUUCUCUAUGUCUCCCACUCGUCUCAUCCUCAAUCCUUAUCACUCUUGAAACCUAGGAAAUUGCGGACCCUGGUACCCGCUUCGUCGAAUUCCGCUUCUUCUUUCGAGGGACUCGACUCCAGACCGGAUUCCAAUUCGACUGAUAAGAAAUCAGUCCUUGCAAAGUUGAUACAAGAAAUAGAGCCAUUGGAUGUGAGCCUUAUCCAAAAAGAUGUUCCUCCAACCACCCUGGAUGCCAUGAAAAGGACUAUCUCAGGCAUGUUGGGCUUACUUCCUUCUGACCAGUUUCAAGUUUUUAUUGAGGCUUUAUGGGAGCCCCUUUCUCGGUUAUUGGUUUCUUCAAUGAUGACUGGGUAUACAUUGCGGAAUGCAGAAUAUAGGCUUUGUCUUGAAAGGAACCUUGACACACAUGAAGAAAAUUUUGAAAAUAGAGUACUCGAAGACUCUAAAGUUGAUAUGCAGCAGAUGAUGCUUGAUUGUGUAAAUAUAGACAAUCUUUCCAGAAGAGAAGAUUUAUCUGCCGAAUCUGAGGAAAUAACUGAGAGCUCAUCUGAUAUUAUAGAUGGACCAGGUCUGGGAGAGAUGUCCCAUGAGGCUCAACAAUAUAUUCUUCAUUUGCAGUCUCGUUUAUCUUCAGUAAAAAAGGAACUUCGUGAUACAAAGAGGAAAAAUGCCGCUCUUCAAAUGCAACAAUUUGUUGGGGAAGAGAAGAAUGAUUUGCUUGACUACUUAAGAUCGCUGAAACCAGAAAAGGUGGUUGAGCUAUCAGAACCGACUUCCCCUGAAUUAAAGGAGGUAAUCCACUCGGUAGUCCAUGGUCUCCUUGCAACACUUUCACCCAGGAUGCAUUCUAAGGCUCCUUCUCCACCAGAAAACACAUCAGCUGGAACAGUAAAUUUAUGGAGUGAAGAUGGUGCUGAACUUGUUGAGAACACACUUCAUUUCCGUCCCGUUAUCUCAUUAACUCGGGACUAUCUGGCACGCCUAAUAUUCUGGUGUAUGCUGCUGGGACACUAUCUGAGAGGCCUUGAAUUUCGAAUGGAGCUGACGGAACUUUUAUCAUUGACAAGUGAUGUGGAAGAUGAUACUCGGGGUGGUGAGGAAGUUGCUUGAGAUUUGUGUGUGUAUAUAUUGAAUGGUGUAUGCAACCUUUUUUCAUACAUGAGGAGACUGGAAUUGGGAGUUCAUUUAUGUGUAGAGUUUGUAGACGGAUACACUUUUUUUUUCCAGUCAUAAUUUUAUCAGUUAUGGGCCUAUCUUCCUUCUUGUCAUGUUCUGAUGGUGUAAGAGUAUUAUAGGAUUCUUGUGAUGUAUUAUUUUGGUUUUUCUGCA